AUGCAGCACCAUCCAGGCUCGUGGUACAUCCCGUGGGGCGUCCCGGGGAUGGGGCUGCAGAAGAUGCUGGCCGUGCCGUUCAACCCGGCCACGGCCGGGUUCCAUCAGCCACAGAUAGCGGCCGCCGCCGUGCAGCCCCCGUCGGUGCAACCGGUGCAGAGCGCCCAGGUGCAGCAGGCUGCGGCCACGCAACAGGCCACCUACCAGCAUCAGCUGCAUCCGGCCGCGGCCCUGCACAACACGGCCGCCGUCGCCGCUGCCGCUGCAAUGCACCAGCAUCAGCACCAGCACCAGCACCAGCACACGCACCAGCAUCCGCACCAGCAUCAGCAUCAGCAUCAGCAUCAGCACCAGCAUCAGCAUCAGCCACUGCAUCCGGCGGCCGCCGCGGCCAUGUUCACGCCGCUGACGCUGCGGAGCUUCGUGGCGCAUCCGCAUCUGAAUCUGGGCCAGCAGCCGAUGGCGACCGCCCAGCAGCCCCAGCAGCCGCAGCUGACGGCGAGCCAAACCCAAUCGCAGCUCAACGCCAUCAAUCUGAACAGCGUCGGCGUCGUGCCGGUGCGCCAGAAGACGGUCCCGGCCAGCGUGCCGUCGAACACGCUGAUCAUGCCGAUGAGAAAGAUUAUCAUGACGGAGAAGGAAAAAACGAAACUGGCCUCAACCGAGAAGCGAAAAGCGGACGAAAGCGAACCGGUCAAGGAUUUGAAAAAGGCUAAGCUGGAAACCAAAGCAUUGAAGGCUAAACGACCCGGAUUCACGGAUGAACGGUACCAUGAAACAUCGUACUACAUUGAAAACGGCCUACGGAAAGUGUAUCCAUACUACUUCACCUUCACGACGUUCACGAAAGGGCGCUGGGUUGGAGAGAAAAUUUUGGACGUGUUUGCCCGUGAGUUCCGUGCCCAUCCGGCCGAAGAGUACGAACGGUGCAUCAAGGCAGGUACCCUGACCGUGAACUAUGAAAAAGUGCCAACAGAUUAUAGGUUAAAGCAUAACGAUCUCCUAGCAAACAUCGUGCACAGACAUGAAGUUCCAGUAACUAGUCAACCAAUCACAAUAGUGCACAUGGACGACGAUAUUGUGGUUGUGAACAAACCAGCAUCUAUACCAGUUCAUCCCUGCGGCCGUUACCGCCACAACACGGUGGUGUUCAUCCUGGCGAAGGAGUAUAAUCUGAAAAAUCUUCGUACCAUCCACCGGUUGGAUCGGCUUACGUCCGGCCUGCUGCUGUUCGGCCGCAGCCCGAAGAAGGCCCGCCAGAUGGAGCACCAGAUCCGGAACCGGCAGGUGCAGAAGGAGUACAUCUGCCGGGUGGAAGGCGAGUUUCCCGAUGGCAUCAUCGAGUGCAAGGAGCCCAUCGAGGUAGUCAGCUACAAGAUUGGCGUGUGCAAGGUUUCACCCAAGGGAAAGGAAUGUACCACCACAUUCCAGAAGCUCGGUUUCAACGGCAGCAGCAGCGUCGUGCUGUGCAAACCUCUGACCGGACGCAUGCAUCAGAUCCGGGUGCAUCUGCAGUAUCUCGGCUAUCCGGUGGUGAACGAUCCGCUGUACAACCACGACGUGUUCGGCCCGGCGAAGGGCCGCGGUGGCGAUAUCGGUGGCAAAAGCGACGAGCAGCUGGUGAAGGACCUGAUCAAUAUUCACAAUGCAGAAAAUUGGCUCGGCAUCGACGGCGACUCGGAUCUGUCAAUGUUUAAACCGAUGAAAAACGAUCUGGACGAUGUGAAAGGACAAAUCCUAUCGGACGACGACUCGGAGAGUGUGUCCCGCGAGGCAUCGCCCUGCUCGGAGAGCCCACGGCCCGUUUCGCUGGGCAGCGAAAGCCCCCACGAGACGAUGUGCGCCUCGAUGCUGUUGCCUGCUAACGCGCUCAAUGCGGUCAGUGGAGGCGCCAUUAGCGCGAGCGUUGGCACCGGGACGGCCGGCACCGUCGUUAGUGCCGUCGGUACGAACACCAUCCUGGGCGGACGGAUGCAAUCGCAGAAGCGCAAACCGAAAUCAGCCUGGGAAUGCACGAAACGGGCCGCCACCGCGUCCCCCACCACCUCGACCGUGUCGGCCGCGCCGGGCGACGAGGCAGGCGCCGCAUUUCAAGAGUGCAACAAAUUUGCAUCAGCACAACCUUCAAGUGCCUCCGGUUCUGCAGGCGCCAGUGUUGUCGUUGUCGAUCCUACCGGGGCAAAUGUUACCGUCGCCACGCAGACUGGACACGAGUCGCCCGACUUGGCAUUUAAUCCGGAUAAGAUGACAACCGACAAGCACUGCUACGAGUGCAAGGUACGCUACCGGGACCCGAAGCCGCAGGAUUUGGUGAUGUAUCUGCACGCCUGGAAGUACAAGGGCCCCGGAUGGGAGUACGAAACUGAGCUGCCCGAGUGGGCUCGUGUCGACUGGCACGAUAACGACUUUGAGUAAGAUUCUCUUAACUCAAACAUUAUCAAAUCACUGUAGCAAAUAACAACAAACAACAAACAACAAAAGAACAUGAUCGUACACGUUUUCUUAUACCGCAUAACCACCUCCGCAAAGGGAAGUAAAUCCAGCAAACCAAACCCAAACUUCGGUAACAGUGACCAAAACACGUGUGAUUUAACGUUGUGUGCGUACGUGAUGGCGGAAACAUGGAUCCACCAAAUGCACCCGAAAAAGACAUACACCGGAAAGGAUCAAUGAUCGUCCUUUAUUCUUCCGUACUGGAACAACAAACUAACAGAUAAAAAUGAAGCGCGCAAACGUGUUUGAAAGGUUUGGUGGAUGACCAAAGCAGAGAAGCUAGUAACAGUACAGACAAAGCAUGGACCCAAAAGCAGUAAAAGUGCAUAUGUACACGGAAAAGAUCUUCUCGCCUGCAGAGAAGGAAGCUGAGACGAUCCGAAUCGUCUAAGGAAGGAUGGAAUUUAUAUAUAAGCAAACUCUAUCAGCUUUCAAAUAGUACGGAAGCUAUUCAAAUAGUGUAAGCAAGCUGCCCGCGCAGCCCGAUCAGUGGGGAAGUUGUUCGAAAGAGAAAAAAAAACUGUACCAAAUGGUGAUGGUAUGAAAUUUAAUCCUUUUUCUAUGACGAAUUCUAUUUUCUUAAACCGUAGUCGAUAGGAUUUAAGCUUUCACCUUGGGAGGAAACAUAAGCUAGAAACAAAUAAGGAAUGCCGUGUAGAGAAGCCGACGCAAGGGCGCUUCCACUUGUGCACAUCAUUUUUUUUCGGUUUUGGUCUCGCAGAUACUUGUAGCUUUGUGUUGAGGCGAGGUACGAGGCAAAGGGGUCUUCUGAGCUAAAAGCCGUAAUUCAACUGACAUCCGUAAUAUCAAUAGUUUUUACAAGCGGGGAAUAAUUGCACCAAGUAAAACAGCCGCGCUUAACUGUUCGAUGCUCCUGUAUUCGUUAAUGUAAAAACUGUAAUGAAUUCAACUGAAUGCGCAAAGUUCGUAAAAGACAGCAAAAGAAGUAAUACAUUAUAUUAAACUCAUUUCAGAGUAAUAAUCGAUAGUUUAAAGAUACGUUUCUAUUAAAGGAGAUUACAUUCAUGCGUAAGCAUAACAAAUACUGUACAGAUGCUUGCAGUUCCUAGCGGUAAAUCGGUAGAAAAUGUAACGUUACAUGCCUUACUUUUAUUGACUACUUUUCAACAUACUCGGUGUAGUCGAUUUGACAUCAAGACAUUAUUAUGUUUGAGUUACUGUAACACUCUCUUGAACAUUUCUUCCUACAUUGUUCGUUGUGUUUCUUCGUUCUAUACCAGAGAGACGCCUCUUGUGCAAAUUAAAUGUUCAUGCAUUUAUAUGUUUACGUAGCAUUCAUUUCUCUUCCCUUUAAUUGGUCGAAUGACAUCACAGUCAGAUGCUUAGAGUCGCGCGACCGAGAUCGAACAUUUAAAUUAAAUAAUAAAGAAAAAUUUAUCUAACUUUAAUUGAUUCUGCGGUUGAAAAUAGACAAUACAGUAAUGCGUACACAGUUUUCUUACUAAAUGUGUGUGUUUGUGUGUGUAUGCAAGCACAGGGAGGCGGUCGAAACUGAAACUGCAUAAAAAGAAAUCCAAUACCAAACAGAGAUAAACACAUCGUUUCAUAUUUGUUACGUUUAGGAAGCCGCUGCAGCAAUACUUUAAACUGUUGUGUGGCAACGAAAUAUAUAAGCAAAUCGCUGACAUAAUCCGUUUCUCCGGGUGGCGUGCGCAGUGAGCGAA